AUGUUGGUGUUCUGCGGUAUUGCAAAUCCGCUUCUGUUGUGGGAGAAAUAUCGGCAUCUUCUGUCCGAAGACUUCCUAAGAGCUCCGAGAUGCACUACUGGAGAUAAUACUGAGGCAACUGAUGAGCACGUUCUAAACAGUUGCCUUAGUUCACUUCAAGACAUGGUCAUUUCGAUCGGCGGCAGUUCUCUGGUGGAUUAUGGGCUACCGUCUCCACAACAUCUGGAUGUACAAGAGCGUGGAAACAGAGAGUACAACUCUGAAAUAAAUUAUGAUCUUGCUAUGAGUACCGUCGUCAAUGACCAUGUCUGUAAGUUUACCUCAGAGCAAAAGCAAAUUUUCGACACCAUCCUUGAAAGUGUUGGGCUCGACCAAGAAUGGGACGAUGGUUGUUUUCUACGCGCACUAGCAGUUAAAUAA